ACAUCUAACUGCGGAAGGAAUCGAGAUGAAGCUGUAAGCUGCUAGUAGAUUAGAGGACCUAAGAUAUUAGCAAUAAUUACAGAACGGGACGUAUGAGAACCCAUCAUCUACUUGUACCCGGAUACUUAACUAUCUCCAUAUAACUACCUAGGUAACUACUAAUAAGUUAACUUACGAAGCACGCCGAAAGCGGAUCCGAGAAGUCAUAACCAGAUAACCUAUCGUAUGUUUACAAAAAGAUUAACAGUAACCAGUUAAAUUGACCCACGCAAUAGCAUCAUAGCACUAGUUGCAAGUGUGCCUUGCUGUCUCGCAUUGCGCGGAAGACGUUACCGGAAGUCCAUUACCCCAGAAUACUACCUAGGUACCUCUAAGGCCGGUAUUCAAUCGCUCGAUAGUCCUGACUCAUAGGCCGGACUCGAUCAACCGUACCCGUACCCUUAAUAUACAUCGGUACGGUGCUUUAAUUAAACUUCAGAUUAUAGCGCAAACGAGCUAAGUGGAUUAUCCGUAUUAUAAUAUCAGUUCGAGAUAUUCCACCGCUAAGAUGCCGAAUAUUGUGGUCGUCGGCGCGGGUGUGUCCGGUAUCACAACAGCCUAUCUGCUAUCGAAGCAGGAAGGAAAUGUAAUAACUGUCAUAGCGAAGCAUAUGCCAGGCGACUAUGACAUCGAGUAUGCGUCACCAUGGGCUGGCGCGAACGUUCUACCCAUGGCAACCGAGAAGCACAGCUCAUGGGAGCGUCGCACGUGGCCGGAGAUUAAGAGGCUCGCUACCGAGGUGCCCGAGGCCGGAAUACACUUGCUGAAAUCUCGCGUGUACCGCCGCGAGAAGGACAUUGAAAAAAUCAGGCAAAAAGGUUACAACUUCGACGGGCUCUUCGAGGAGAACCCUUGGUACAAGACGCUGUUCGACGACUUUCGAGAGCUCUCCAGGGAUGAACUCCCCAAGGGCAUGGCGUCGGGCUGCGAGUUCGGGUCCGCGUGCAUAAACGUCAUGUUGUACCUACCGUGGCUUUUGGGGAAAUGCCGGGCGAAUGGCGUCGUAUUCCGCCGCGGCCAGCUGAAGCACAUUUCCGAAGCUGCGUCCCUGAGCCACGCCGGCGGGAAGGCCGACGUUGUAAUCAACACGACGGGGUUAAGUGCUUCCAAGCUGGGCGGAGUGAUGGACAAGAAACUAGUGCCGGUCCGCGGCCAGGUCGUCGUCGUCAGGAACGAGGCGCCGUACAUGCUGACGAAAUCCGGGACCGACGACGCCGACGACGAGCUCUGCUACAUCAUGACGCGGGCGGCGGGCGGCGGCACGAUUCUCGGCGGGACCUACCAGAAGGGGCAUUGGGAAAGCCAGCCGGACCCGAAUAUCGCGACGAGGAUUAUGCGGCGGGCGGUGGAGAUGAUGCCGGAGCUUGGGAACGGGAAGGGAGUCGACGGGCUGGAUAUUAUCCGCCAUGGAGUUGGCCUCCGGCCUUAUAGGGAGGGAGGCGUCAGGAUUGAGAAGGAGAAGAUUGGCGAUACGUGGGUUGUUCAUAACUAUGGGCAUGCCGGCUGGGGAUAUCAAGGAUCGUAUGGUUGUGCAGAAGAUGCGGUGGGACUUGUGAAUGAGAUACUUAGCCGCUCUCGACUGUGAUAUGGUUAGAUCUGGCGAUGUAAUAUUUUGUUGUGUUUACAUAGUAAGAUUCAAGAAAGGGGGGUUUGGUUAUGAGGCCAUCUUCUUUUCCCCUCCUUUUCGCCGUCAAUAAGCUAUGACACUGCAAGUUCAAUUUUACAUCCUGUGUUUAUUCAAAGACCAUUUGUAUAGGAUGUACCUAAUAAACAUGACCAUAAGUAUCUAAGAUGUAAUUAUCGUGAAGUAUGCCGGUUGAGAAGGCGCUAUUAAGGAGGUAUCUUA